GCCGCUCGAACUCAUGAUCAACUCAGGAUUCGCGAGAUCAUGACCUGAGCCGAAGUCCGAGGCUUAACCAACUGAACCACCCAGGCGCCCCCCAGGACUGUCUCUUAAUAAAAGAAUCCUUCCUCUCCUCCUCCCUCUCCAUUUCACACUCAGCCCCAGCCUGGCUUAAUUCUCCACCCUGUAACAGCUGCUUUCAUCUUCCUGUCUCCACGGUUAGGACUGUCACUGUUCCCGCAGGUUUGGCACACCUACUGGUGCUGCCCUUAGAAGUCACUGCAUAUACUCCUUUAGAAAGCUAAAACGUCAUGUUAAAGAAGUGGCCCUGAACUCAGGUAACCAGGGGCUCAGUGGGAGGAAGAAACCUGCGUCUGGUUGCCCUGGCCUCAGAAGUCAGCUGCAGCGUACUGGGCACAGAUGGGCAAGGGCUCUUGUCCUGCGACAGCGCUGUCGUCACAGGGCUUCCUGAACUUACAGGAGCGAGAUCACUUCCCAGUCACACGGCUGAGAAGCAGCAGGGACAGGAGAGGAACCCAACCUUGUCGGCUCCAGAACCCAGGGCUCCCCUACAAACUAGGUCGCCUGCUUCCAGAGUAUGGCCUGGUUUGUGAAGUUGGUACCCCCUACUGACAUUUUCCUAGCAACAAUAGUUUCCCUGCAGAUGAGGGGGAGGAGGAGCCAGGAGACCAUUCCCCUUCACCACAAUAGGAAGCUGAGGCCUAGCAGGGGUCUGCAGGGGCAGAUGGCAGGCAGGCUAGGGCACAGACCCCCGAGCCUUGAGAGCUGGAUCCGUGCCCCCUCCCCUGGCGCCUGCGCACUGCAGUUCCGUUCCCGCCCAACCCCGCCCAAUCGCCCGGGUUUUCAAAUUUGAAACCUGCUCGUUUUCCCGCCCGAACUUGUAGGCCAGCGGAGGGGGAGGGUGGGGCCGAACGCAGCCAAUAGUGCCUCACAAGCUCCCCGGCCCCGCCCUGAAGGUGACGACAGCAAGCCGCAGUAGGCAAUGGGCAAAUGGGCAAAGGUGCCCGCUGGCCCCGCCUCCAUGGCGCCCACGUGCAGCAGUCGAGCUGGGGCCUCCCAGAGACCACGGGUGCCCGGAUUACCAUUCUAGGGGCAGAGUCUUCGCUAUCAACACCGGGCUGGAAACUGAGGCCCUGAUACUCCAAGUAGUCGGCGUGGGGUCGCUGAACGAAAUGGGCAAGAUGCGGCCCCAUUCAGCCUGGGGACUCACUCAAAAACUGGGCCUGGAGGAAGCGCCUGUGGCAGCCCUGGGAGUCUGAGGGGCCGGGCUGGCUCGUGGAGGUGGGCUGCGGUUCCCUGGUCCCUUUCCAGAGGGGCGGGGCCAAGAACUGGGCCGUCCGGGGGCGGGGUGUCUCGGAGGCGGGGCCGGGGCCCCUGUGUUUGUUGCACCGUGUCAGUUACAUUGUAACAAAAGUGGUGCAGCCGCUCUUCGGGCCAGCACCUUAGGCCCGCCCGCCACCAGCUGUCUCCGACAUGGAACCUGUGGCCAGCAAUAUCCAGGUCCUGCUGCAGGCGGCCGAGUUCCUAGAGCGCCGCGAGAGAGAAGCUGAGCAUGGCUACGCGUCCCUGUGCCCGCACCGCAGUCCGGGCCCAGUCAACAAGAGGAGGAAGCGAUCCCCCCAAGCUUCUGGCACGCUGGACAGUGGGCGGUCUGUGCACAACGAGCUGGAGAAGCGCAGGAGGGCCCAGUUGAAGAGGUGCCUGGAAGAGCUAAAACAGCAGAUGCCCCUCGGGGCUGACUGUGCCCGGUACACCACACUGAGCCUUCUGCGCUGGGCCAGGAUGCAUAUCCAGAAGCUUGAGGAGCAGGAGCAGCAGGCGCGGCGGCUCAAGGAGAAGCUGCGCAGUAAGCAGCAGAGCCUGCAGCAGCAGCUGGAGCAGCUCCGGGGGCUGGCGGGGCCAGGUGAGAGGGAGCGGCCACGGGCAGACAGCCUGGACUCUUCAGGCCUCUCGUCGGAGCGUUCGGACUCAGACCAAGAGGAGGCAGAGGUGGACGUGGAGAGCCUGGUGUUCGGGGGCGAGGCUGAGCUGCUGCGGGGCUUCGGCGCAGGCCAGGAGCACAGCUACUCACACAGCAGAACCACCUGGCUAUGACCUUCACCGCCCCAAAGUGGGCCUCUACCCUCAGCAUACUCUCCGCUCUGCCGGCAGGAGUCCUCCCCAAAGCCUCAGGGGCUGCUCGGAGUCACCUCCUGUUGCAAUGGACUAAAAGGACCCUGAGUGGGAAUAGGUGCCUGCCCCCAACCUUGCCGCCGGCUGUCCCUCCUGGGGAAGGGGUGCCUGGGUUUCCCCUGAGCCCCACAGGGCAGGCAGCUUAGGCCUGGGCCACUCUUCCAGGCCUUUUUUUUGUAGCACUUGGCUCUGCUGUCCCCAAGGGGGCAGGAAGCCUCUUGGGCCCUCACAUUCCUUCCUAGACAAGGCUCUCUGGCCUUUGUCCCAGAUACUGUACAGUAUUUUCAUUAAAAGCCUCUUUACUAA